UCUGUUCCGCUUCGCCAUGUUCAGUUUGUUCAGCCAACCGUUGGAAGGCCCCGAUAUCCUCUUGUUGAGCGAGAAGAAGAAUUGGAUGGUACCGCUGAACUAUGAGGCCGCCCCGCUGGCCGUCGACCAGAUGCAGAUUACGCUGCCCAACGUGGUCUUCCACUGCGAUGCGGACGGGAAUGCCAUAGCCAGCCGUUUCAUGUGGUCCGUCAACGCCCACUGUCCGCCGGUCAGCGAUGACCUUUACGCCAGAGUAGCGCAAGUCCACGAGCGUUGGGUACGCAGCCUGGAGUACCUACGGCAGUGGAAGGGGAUCCGGGAAUAUCUCAACGUACCUUUAAAUGGGGUACGUGCCGGUGGCGCUGCGGAAUGAGAUCAGCAUGGUCCGAUCCAGCGUGUUGGCCGCCACUGCGGAUGCAGACCCGCGGGACGUGCGUUGCCAGCCUGCUACGAAACCCCAGCGCCAACGCCGGCAGUAGCCUUCCUUCUUGUGCCCCGCACUGUCCCCCGUUUCCCCAUGGGAGUGCCUGCCUACAAAGAGCUAUGGUCGCCGGUCUCCCUGAUGCCGAGGGGCCGCAGCUGAAGGAGCGGGCCGUCUCAGGCCGAACGGUAGCC